GAAGCUCAAUUCACAAAUAUUUUCAAUUUGGUGCAGUGCGGUUGCCAAAAGAGCACCAAAACCAACUCCAUGACGAAUACACUGACGAUGACUAUGCAUCGAAGAGCCGCUCCACGACUGAGCUUCCUGCUGGUGCUGGCACUGCUAGUUUCUGCUGCUAAGACAGAGCUGAUAGAUGCAAAUGAUGAGGACGUUGAUCGCUUCUGUUAUCCCGCCGCAUAUCGCAAUACGCGUCAGUCGUGUGAGUGCAGCAAUGUGAGUGCCGCACCCUGGGGCAUGCGUGCCCUGCACAUCGACUGCAGCUACAAGGACUUCAAGGCAGAGGAUCUGACGGAACUGCUGCCACUCUACAUCGAUACGUUGGAUCUGUCCUGGAAUCAGCUGAAUCGCGCCCCAAACUUUAACAGCGACAGUCUGCGUCUGCUCAAUCUAAUGCACAAUAACAUUAGCACCAUCUCAGCCAGCAAUUUUGGACGUUUGGUUAGUCUGCGUGAGUUGUAUUUGGGCUGGAACAGCAUACAGCAGCUGGAUGCACAAUCUUUUGCCAGUCUGCCGCAUCUGCAGGUACUCAAUUUGGCUCACAAUAAUCUGCAUGCGCUGCCCGGCCAGAUUUUUGGGUCACUCCUAGUGCUGACUACACUGGAGCUAUCGUGGAAUAGGCAGCUCAAUCAGAGCAUCUCCGCUGGAACGGAGCUCUACAGCAACUAUGGCAUUAAUGCCAAAUUAGAUGCACUGCGUCUGGAUGCGUGCAAUUUGAGUGAAUUGAAGUUGCGUCUCGAUGUCCCACUGCGUGAACUUUCACUGCGUCGGAAUCUCUUCCAGCGUGUGCCUGACCAACUGCCCGCUGCCCUGCAGCGCCUUGACAUUAGCGAGAACCGGCUGGAGGAGCUGCUGCCCGUGGAUUUGGCCAAUAGGAGCGAGAUAAGGCAGCUCUAUGUGGAGGAUAUGCCAUUGUUGCAGACUAUCGCAGCCCAUUCGCUGGCAUCCUUGCGGCAAGUUGAGUUGAUGAGCUUCCAGAACAACCGUCGGCUCACCCAUCUGGAUGGCGAUGCCUUUAUGCUGGAGAGUGGAAAUCUUACUAUGCCCCCGUUGCGAACUUUGAGUUUUCGUGGCUCUUUGCUGCGCAAUUUCAAUGUCAGUUUGUCACCGGUUUUUAAGCAACUUACCGAACUGGAUCUCAAUGGUGUGCCGCUUCACUGUGACUGCCAGCUAGUGUGGAUGAAGGAUCUGACCAUCCAGACGAACGGUCGUUGCCUGCGACCAGCCAGAGUUCGUGGAAUGCUCAUCUCCUCGCUGCGACGCGACGAGUUCAGUUGCGAGAGAUGGCCAAGAUGGGCCUAUGGUCUGAUCAUACUGGGUCUUAUUGGACUCUGUGCUGCGGGAGUCUAUCUAAUUGUGAUGGGUCUGCGGCCGCAUCGAGGCGUCACCAUGCGACGCAAGGUGGGUGCUGGAAGUCCAUAUGCACGAGUCACCAUCGAACCAAAUCGCCAGGAGAACUUUCACUGAGCAUUCCCCUCUAGACUAGGCUAUUUCUUAGGUCUUUGUUAAUUUUUAUAUAUACAUAUUUAACUAAAUGAAUAUUUUGUGAAUUCAAAUGGACUUUCUGCGAAUCGUUAGUCAUGGUUGUUGUUUAAUCAUUGACAAGCGGGUUGCUGUAAGAGUUUUACAAAUUUAUACAUAUUUUUACAUAUGAUCAGUAAGCAUUUUAGAAAUUAAAUGGCAAUUUCUAAA